AUGGCCCCAACGCAGGGCGAUGCGCCUGACCUCGCCCAGCGCCCAAUCCUGGUCCAGGCCGGUGGGGAGGCCCAGCAGCCCCGCCUCCUUGCAGCGGCCUUCACCCGCAUCCCUGCGACCAGCCUCGGCAGCCUCUUCGGCAUCGACGCUGGGCAAAGGUUCGGAAAGGAGGAGCUCUUGGCUCUUGGCAUUGAAAAUGAUAGCCAGUCGGACAUUGGGUCCACCGCGAUGGGAGAUGACAAGUCUAAGGAGAUCUCGAUAGAUCUCGGAUGGCACCAAGGCAUUCGCAUGGCUAACAACGAGGAGGUCUUGCCAUCAGCCGCAGGCUUCAAGCUUCUUGUCGAUCGCUGCUGUCGUUUACAGGAAGGGAAGUUCUGGCGGCUCUGGGAGACGUGGGAUCCAGUCCACACCACUCCGGCGCAGCGGCAGCAAACUGACCACCAAGACGCUCCAGGACCUGCGACCGUCACCGACACGCGGCUUUGGAACUCGUUGAAGGGCAACUUCGGCUUCGACUUCGACAGCGAGACGGGCGACGAUGGCAAACCACGCGGGCACGAGUUCGGCUGGAGUGCGGCACAUGAGGCGUGCAGCAAGGGCCGCCUGGCAUUGAACCGAAGGUUCUGGGAGAGCACGUAUGAUUGUGACGUCACGGAUCUCAAGAGAUUCUCCCGCGGGGCGGGCCUUAGCGUUCGCUGCGCCGCGGGCAACUCCCUUCUGCAUGUUGCUGCGCGCAGUGGUCAUUUCGAGGCCCUGACUCGAAAUAAGUUGUUUUCUCGGGUCGUCUCGACAAUCGAUUCGGCCUGGUCCAUUGAGUACGGGGUCGUGAGGUUCCUCCUCUCCCAGAAGCAGGCCCGUGGGAGUGCUGCGGGGUCGAAAUGGGAAGCUAGUGACUUGGCGGUUUCCUCUUGGGAUGUCAAUUUCGACGUUGGUCUGCAGCUCAUGCAGGUGAACAUGAAUGGCAGGAAUGGGUGGACGCCUUUGAUCUGGGCAGCCAUCACGGGUUGCGAGGAAGUGGCCUCACUGCUCAUCCAGGCCGGCUGUGAUAUCUUCGUGCGGGACGAGAAGGGGAUGAUGUGGGCGGCAAAGCAUGGUCACGAGGAGUUGGACCUGUCCGUAGAUGUAGAUGAGGUCGCCAAGUUACUGCUGCAGGCCGGUGAGCAGACAGGGCGCAAGGACGAUAAAGGCUGGCAGGCAGCCGACCACGCCAAGAACCACGCCGCCAUGCUGACUUUGCUGGAGGCCUCUGCCCGGCUGAAUCAGCGAUUGCACCUUGGAUUUGAAAAGGAAGGUGCACAAGCAAACCACACGGAUGACGAGGGCUGGAGCGCACUGCUGUGGGCCACUGGCCUGAAUGAAGACCACGUAGCUGUAGGUGGGAAGGAGCUGCUCCUGCAGAUUCUGCAGAUCCCAAGGUAUGGGGCGAGCACCCGGGUCCUGGAGGACUGCGCGUGGAAGGUGGACAACACCCAGCCUCGUGAGGCCGAGUCGGGUCAACUGCUAGAAGAAUCGGGGUGGCAUGUGUCGGAAGUGCUGCGCGUCGCAGAUGGGGCCAACGUGCCCAAGUCGCAAGCCCGGCUCCUUCUCUCUGCCGCCCGGGCUGACUGGAACGGCGUUCGGCAGGCGCACCGGAGCCCAGAAUGGUGGUUGGGGAAGGCGCGUCUGUACCGCAAGGGCACCUCAGUUGUGGCUAAUAAGGCGGCUAAGGACCACCAAGCCCGGUUUCCAGCGUAUGUUGCAAAAGAACAGCUAGCGCACGAGCAACUGAACAGAGUGUUGCUGUCCUUGACAUGCCGAGGUGAAUGCACGGGAUCCAUCAAGCCAUCGCACCGCUAUUUCCUGGGCUUCCAGCUAUGGCCGAAACGACAUCGUGCAGAUGCUGGUGCAGCAAAGGGCCGAAGUUGCGAGCCUGGAUGCAGCUGCCUCGGAAAGGUGAAUGUGGAACUCUUUGGAGGAACACAGCAGGUGCCUUCCUCGCACUAUUCUGAUGCGGGCUGGACCGCGCUCCACUUCGCUGUCAGUGGCGGCUUUGUGGAAGUGGUGUCGCUGCUGCAUCACGCCAAGGGCUCUUUGGAUGCGAAGACCUUCGAAGGAGACUCACUUCUACACAUGGCUGUGCAAGGAGAUGACGCCUCCAUGAUCCAGUUGCUUCUCGCCUCCUCCUCGCAAGCAUCGGAUGCGGCGACGGAGACGGCUGCAGCAGCAGCCCAGCGGGGCUGUGCAAAAGCCUUGCACACCUUGCUCAUGUACAAAGCCGACCCUCAGGCAUCGGAUCAAAUUGGAAACUCCUUGCUUCAUCUGGCCGCCAUCAAAGGGCACGCCAGCGUGAUCCGACUUCUGAUGAAGCCGUUCCCCGCGUUGGAGAAGUUGCGACAUGAACACGCGCUGGAAUGCCGCUUGGCAGGCGUGGAGUACGAAGAUGCCGCAGAUGCAGCAUCCGUCAUUUCCGAGUCGCCCUCGGCGGAUGCCGCAUCCGACGGUGGUGCCUCCACGAGCUCAAAGAGCUCAAGGUGCAGGGGUGCGAAACUACCGAGAGAACCUUCUGCUCGAAGGGACCGUACGCUGCUUUAG